UCUCGUUUCUCGCUUUCCGCUCACAGCGAGGACGGUGACCAUGUUGAGUGUCGUAGGCAAAGUUUGUGCGAGCCUCGUAAAAACGGCUAAACCUGCCGUUUCUUUAACAAAACUCAACAGUACAUACUCAAGGCUACCAUCUGCACUAUGCACAACGCAGAAACAUCACGAGCAUCGCCGAAUGGCAGGUACGCAGACCACGGCAGCGGGUGGAACUGGCCGUAUCGUGGCAGUCAUCGGUGCCGUAGUGGACGUCCAGUUUGAGGGCAAUCUGCCUCCUAUCUUGAAUGCCUUGGAGGUUGAAGGACGCAAGCCCCGCCUGGUGCUAGAAGUGGCACAACAUUUGGGUGAGAGCACCGUACGUACCAUUGCCAUGGACGGUACGGAGGGUCUUGUCCGCGGCCAGGUGGUGAAGGACAUGCAGUCCCCAAUCAAGAUCCCCGUGGGGCCGGAGACGCUGGGCCGCAUCAUGAACGUCAUUGGGGAGCCCAUUGAUGAGAGAGGCCCCAUUAACUCUGACAAGUUCUUGGGCAUUCACCAGGAGGCUCCAGAGUUCGUGGACAUGAGCGUAGAACAGGAGAUCUUGGUCACCGGUAUCAAAGUGGUAGAUCUUCUUGCUCCCUACUCCAAGGGAGGUAAAAUUGGUCUUUUCGGUGGUGCUGGUGUGGGCAAAACUGUGUUGAUUAUGGAGCUGAUCAACAACGUUGCCAAGGCUCACGGAGGUUACUCUGUGUUCGCCGGCGUGGGAGAGCGUACCCGUGAGGGCAAUGACCUUUACCAUGAGAUGAUUGAGGGUGGUGUCAUCAGUCUCAAGGACAAGAGCUCUAAGGUGUCCCUAGUGUACGGUCAGAUGAACGAGCCCCCUGGUGCCCGUGCUCGUGUUGCACUGACCGGUCUGUCCGUUGCUGAAUACUUCCGUGACCAAGAAGGGCAGGAUGUGCUGCUUUUCAUUGACAACAUUUUCCGUUUCACCCAGGCUGGGUCAGAGGUGUCUGCCCUGUUGGGUCGCAUUCCCUCUGCUGUAGGCUACCAGCCAACCUUGGCAACUGACAUGGGUACCAUGCAGGAACGUAUUACAACUACCAAGAAGGGUUCCAUCACAUCUGUGCAGGCCAUCUACGUACCUGCUGACGAUCUGACAGAUCCUGCUCCAGCCACCACCUUCGCUCACUUGGACGCCACGACUGUGCUGUCCCGUGGCAUUGCCGAGUUGGGCAUCUACCCGGCCGUGGAUCCCCUCGACUCGACGUCUCGUAUCAUGGACCCCAACGUGGUGGGACAGGAACACUAUGACAUUGCUCGUGGUGUUCAGAAGAUCCUGCAGGAUUACAAGUCACUUCAGGACAUCAUUGCCAUCUUGGGUAUGGAUGAACUCUCUGAAGAAGACAAGCUUACUGUCUCCAGGGCUCGAAAGAUUCAGCGUUUCCUGUCCCAACCUUUCCAAGUGGCAGAAGUAUUUACCGGUCAAGUUGGAAAGUUUGUGCCCAUCAACGAAACCAUCAGUGGCUUCAAGUCCAUUCUUGCAGGUGAGCUCGACCACCUGCCAGAAGUUGCUUUCUACAUGGUGGGACCCAUUGAGGAAGUUCGCGAAAAGGCGGAGAAGUUGGCAGCCGAAGCUUCCUAAGAGUCUCUUCAAGAAACCUUUGUACAGUCAUAGCUUGGAAAAUGGGUUGCUACAGGCGCGACAUCUAGCACAACUGCCAUCUUUUUGUUCUGUAGUUUUUCCUGUGAAUAAAGAGUACAAUGAAAUUC